CCUGUGUGUGGGAAGUGAGGGAGAGAGAUCGGGCCGCAGCGCAGCUCUGUGGUGUGUCUGGAGCAGCUCCGUGUUUGCAGAGAGACUCUGUGAGAUAAAUAGGGGGAGAGGGGCCAGAGCAGCCCAACUAGGAGAGAGGGAGCACCAGUCAACACAGCAGCACACACAGGGAGGAGACCCAGAGCGAGGAGACACAGCGAGGAGGCACACAGCGAGGAGACACACAGAGCAAGGAGACCCAGAGCAAGGAGACACACAGCGAGGAGACACACAGCAAGGAGACACACGGAGGAGACACACAGCAAGGAGACACACAGCAAGGAGACACACAGCGAGGAGACCCAGAGCAAGGAAACACAGCAAGGAGACACACAGCGAGGAGACCCAGAGCAAGGAGACACAGCAAGGAGACACACAGGGAGGAGACACACAGCGAGGAGACACACGGAUGAGACACACAGCGAGGAGACACACAGCGAGGAGACACAGCGAGGAGACACACAGGGAGGAGACACACAGCGAGGAGACACACGGACGAGACACACAGCGAGGAGACACACAGCGAGGAGACCCAAAGCAAGGAGACACAGAGCAAGGAGACACACAGCAAGGAGACACACAGUGAGGAGACACACAGCGAGGAGACACACAGCACUGGCAGACAGUUCUUUCACAUGAACAAAACGCACUGAGCAGGUCUCCUCCCACAGUCACUCUCUCCCUCCUGCAGCACCUCGGACAGGCUUCCGAGCGCGGGACUGGCUGCAAAGGGAAGCAGCUGGGUGGUUAAUGACAGGAAAGAAGGUGUUGAAGAAGGAAGUGCAAGACUGCCUGAAAGCAAGGCUCCUAAACAGAGAUUUCUUUAACCUACUGCAGUACAAUAUUCAGAAACAGAAGGCUGCGCGAAUGAGAGAGUGGGAGGAGUCAGAACUCAGCAUGGCUGCCAACAGUUACAUUGCAGUGCCUGAUGGGUACUGUGUGUCGGAGCCACUGCAGUAUUAUGAUGUCCUAUCAGACCACCUGAGCUACCCUCUACAGGAGGCAGAUCACCAGCUCUCCCCAUUCAGCCAGUAUUCCGGGAUGCAGUUCUCGCCCAUGCUGCAGGGGGCGCCCUCCUCUCAGUCCUGCUAUGCCCCCUACCCAUAUUGCUUGCAGUACCCCGAGGGGCAGUACCAGCUGGGGGGGUGUGAGCUGGGCAAACCCUCCUACACGCUGCCCUCUGAGCUGGACCCCAGCGGGGUGCCCGUCCUCCCUGGCAUGGCUGGCAUCCCAGCUCUGAAGCGCCCUCGCCUGGGACUCCGAGGGCAGGAGGAGCUGUGUGUGGUGUGCGGGGACAAGGCCUCUGGGUAUCACUACAAUGCACUCACCUGCGAGGGCUGUAAAGGGUUCUUCCGACGCAGCAUCACGAAGAAGGCGGUGUACCAGUGCAAGAGCGGCGGGCACUGCGAGAUGGACAUGUACAUGCGCAGGAAGUGCCAGGAGUGCCGUCUGAACAAGUGCAGGGCAGUGGGCAUGCUGGCAGAGUGUCUACUGACGGAGGUUCAGUGCAAGUCCAAGCGACUCCGCAAGAACGCCAAGCAGGGCCUGGACUUCCUGUGCAGCAUCAAGCUGGAGGACGAGGGGACAGAGAGCAAGCAGGUCUCCUCCACAGCCCGACAGCCUGCCCAGGAGCGCGUGGAGCUGACCUCUCAGGAGCAGCAGCUGUUGGAUUAUAUUGUGGAGGCUCAUCGCAGGUACCGAGCGCCACAGGAGGCCCCCCGAAAAAGUCAGCGAGGCGAGGUGGCUGGCCCUGGCCUGGGAGCCCUGAGGCUGUCCGGCACAGCAGCACUGCAUGAGUUCACUAAGAGCCUGCCUGGGUUCCUGCAGCUGCACCACGAUGAUCAGGCUGCGCUGCUGAGAGGCUCCAUGGUUGAAGCCAUGUUCCUGCACUCAGCCCAGCUGUACAACGAGAGCACUGGAGAAGGGCUGCAGCGGGCGGGACCAGAUUCUGUCGGGCUGCCGUGGUUUGCUGGGUAUGGGACGAGCCUUGAUGGGAAGCCAGUUUACUCACCAAACCCUGAGCAAGACGCCUCAACACAUCCUCCCGCUGCUGCUGGAGACGAUGUGGUCAGGCCGGUGUAUAACUUCUACAGGAGCCUGCGUGACCUGAACGUGACGGAGCAGGAGUACGCGCUCCUCGCUGCCAUGGCGCUGCUCUUCUCUGACCGCCCGUUGCUGAAGAGCCGGGAGCAGGUGGAGAGACUGCAGGAGCCGCUGCUGGAGCUCCUGUACAAGUUCUCCAAGCUCCGACACCCCGAGGAUCCCCAGCACUUCGCCCGUCUGCUGGGCCGGCUCACGCAGCUCCGCACGCUCGGCCACAACCACAGCGGCGUGCUGAGCCCGCUGCUCUGUGAGACCUGGGAGCGGCAGUGACGGGGGUAGGACCCCCCUCACCCUCACACAGGACAUGGUUUGAAACGGACCCAGUGUGGCUGGUUGGAAAGCGGUCUCUCCAGUUCAGGUUUUGACGGAGGAAGAAGCACCCACAUGAAAAUGGCCACGUCUACCAAUUGUUUCAUUUUCGAACAGUCUGAAUAUGCCUGGAUACGAGUUAGUCUGGGGCUAGGCGAUAGCAAUCCCAAACCGCCAGUGUACAGAAACGCCAUGCCUUUACAAGAUCGUGAAAGGCUCCCACAUUGGUGAUGUGAAGUCACCAUUACUACCUAGCAGAAAUGGAUCUCUCCAAAUGGGUCUCCUGAAAUGUGUUCGGGGAACCUUACCAACAUCACUACAACCCAGAACUGCUUACAAAUAAUAAAAAACAAAAACCCAAAGCAAGCAGAAACAGUUGCCAGACCAAAACCCAGAACCGUGUCCAUAUCAGGGAUAUGUAUUUCUGCCCUUGUUAUAGAUUUGAAUAUUGACUGCAAUGCCGACUGGUCCAGCCCCAGAUUGCAAUUGGAGGGAGACGGUUUAAGAAGGGAUACUGGAUGAAAUGGAGAACCAGGCCUACAGCUUAGAGGAACACAUUCAACCUUUUGAAUUCGCAUCAUAUUUAUUUUUCCCAAUUGAUGUGUUCAGGGAUUGAAAUAAGACUCCUGUUGCAUAGCAGUUUUCCCAGUUCCAGGUUUUAAAAUGAGCUUGAUUAGCCACAGCUAACAAAUUAAACUCAUAGUGAAACCCGGACUGGAUCACACUGCUAUGCAAGGGGAGUCUCAGGUUCCUGUGGUAAAGAGGAGGGCAGCCAUUACCAUGUCCCCCUGCGACAGCCCGCCCCCUAGUGGAUGAAAGAAAUGCAACAUGUGUUCUAUAUUUCUGACACGUAUUCCUAUUCACAAAGCACAGCUCCAGCCAACAGAUCAUCAAGCCCAAUGCGAUUAAACUUGAUCAGUGUUUCUGAACUGGGACCAAAAGCCUUUCUCAUUCCACGCCAAUCAUGUGAUCAUGUGACCUCUACCAGCCCCGCCCACUCUACAUUAGAUAGUGCGCAGCAACGCCAAUGACAUUGAAAACGACCUUUUAUUUCAUGAUACUAUAGAGAAGUGUUUUUAAAAUAACCUAUAAAAAUGACCCAGUUCUGUUUGAGCAAGUACGGGGAUUAUAUUUUGUAUAGCGUUCCUUUUGUAUAAAUGAAAACAAAGUGCCUACAGUGUGUUUGUAUUAUUGUUAGGGUUAACAUGAGACAUGCUUCACAUGUACUUGUGUAAAAUAACAGGGCGCUCCGUUAUUAUCGUUGUACUGCUCAAUAAACAUGUCGUCUGAGUUCUGUUUUUUUUUUUUCGUCUGAUUUUUUACACGCAAUAAAUAUGGAUGGAUUU